UUCUUGCUAUUUCAAAGUUAGUGCUUCUAGGGUUCCCUGCGUCUUGCUAUGGGGUGGCUUUUCAAGUCUAAAAACAAAGUCUACAAGCCCGUGAAGGACGUUGAUCUGAGCCCUAACAGUGAUGAGUUCUAUCUCAGAGCCAAUGUCAAAGCUCCCCGUAUGGCUGGAUUUCUUAUUAAGAUUUUGGCAUGGAUUUCAGAGUCAAGAAUUUUUGGAGCAAUGCUGGUCUACAUAUUGAAGGAUGAAAAUUUAGUUCACAGGCUCAUUUCAUUCGCAGAGUUAGAUGAGCCACCUUUGUUUGUUCCAUGCCAUCCUUGGGAAGACCAUAACCUGAAGGAAGUUAAAUCAAUAUCAUGUGAUUCAUCUCCACCUGAGAAAGUUCAACAAGCAUUGGAAUGCCUUCCUCCAUGUUCAGAAAUUGUAGGAAAUACUUCAUGUCCCAGUUUCCAGCGUUGGACAAUACUAGAUUAUUCAAGAGCCUAUAUUUCAGGAGAAAUAACCCCACUGAUGGUUGCAAAACGGCUUUUAGAUUCUGUGCAUGAAUCUUCCAACCCUUCUUUGCAAAUGUCAUUCUUUAUAAAUCAAAAUGCUGAAGAUAUUUUAAAGCAAGCUGCUGAAUCAACCCAUCGAUAUGAAAGAGGUGAACCAAUUUCAGUUCUGGAUGGGGUCCACAUUGCUGUUAAAGAUGAAAUAGAUUGUUUGCCUUAUCCAACUACUGGAGGUACAAAAUGGUUGCACAAAGUAAGAGCUUGUGUCAAUGAUGCAUGUUGUGUCAAGCGCCUAAGGUCAUGUGGUGCUAUACUUGUUGGAAAAACCAACAUGCAUGAGCUUGGUGCUGGAGCAAGUGGGAUCAACCCACAUUAUGGCGCUACUAGAAAUCCUUGUGAUAUUAGCAAAGUCUCUGGAGGCUCUUCUAGUGGAUCUGCUACAGUUGUGUCGGCAGGACUCUGUCCUGUUUCCCUUGGCGUUGAUGGGGGAGGUUCUGUACGGGUGCCUGCUGCUCUAUGUGGUGUUGUUGGUUUUAAACCGACAUUCGGAUGUGUAUCUCACUCGGGUGUUCUUCCUUUCAACUGGACAGUAGGAACAGUUGGAAUACUAUCAGCCACAGUUGAGGAUGCGUUUAUUGUAUAUGCAGCUAUCAGUGGGGACAUCCCAUCAAAUAAACCGACUACUUCAUUGCCCAAAUUAAAUUUUCCAUUGCUGAAGUCAACUAACUCUAUCCUCAAUGUUAAAAUGGCGAAAUAUGGAGAGUGGUUUAAUGAUUGCAUUGAUGACAUUAAAAAAUGCUGUUACCAAACUCUGGAUCAGCUUCGUGAGCAUUACGGAUGGGAGACCAUAGAGGUGACCAUACCAGAGAUAGAAGUGAUGCGCCUGGCACAUUAUGUAACAAUGGGGUCUGAGUGUAAUGCUGCGAUUAGAUCUCAUCUAGGGAAGAUGGCAACUUCAGAGUUGGGGUGUGAUGCAAGGUUAGCACUUUCCAUAUAUGGAUCCUUUAGCAGCAAAGAGUAUUUGACUGCCCAGAGAUUGAGGAACCGACACAUGGAAUUUCACAAGUGCAUUCUUGAGAGAGCAGAUGUCAUUGUCACACCUACUACAGGCAUAACUGCAUACCCAAUUGUUGAACAAUCUGUGAACUACGGUGACUUUGAUUACAAAAAUGCAGCUGCACUAGUACGGUACCAGAUAGCAGGGAAUUUUCUUGGUUUGCCUGCAGUGACUGUUCCGGUUGGAUAUGACAAGAUGGGGAUGCCUAUUGGCCUUCAGUUUAUUGGGAAACCAUGGUCAGAGCCAACCUUGAUCCGUAUAGCUCUAGCAGUGCAGGGCCUUUGCAUCUCAAGCUACAGAAAGCCGAAGGUUUUCUAUGAUCUGCUCAGUAAGGAAAAAGGUUCACAGCAACCGAUAUGAAGCUAAUACAAAGAUUGACCUGGGUCUUCAAAAAGAUAGAAUAUGCUUAUUGAAGUUGUUGAUACUGCCAUUAUUCGGGCUUCUUAUUAAAGAGGGUAGAAAUCUGUCACUUAUGAGUUUGGUCUCUUUCACAUUGUUUAAAUGUUGCUUGGUAUGCACUUUAUAAGUUAAUUGAUGUGUACUGCAAUGGAACAGCCUUUCAGAAUUCCGCUAAUUAAGUAUCCGCUUGGGUCUACAGUAAUACAAAGAAGUCAUUCAAUUGUUA